ACAUGACUACUCGAGUCGUAUAAGAUACGCAUUACAUAACAUCUCACGUAACCCCACCGCUCUGGGCCACCGCAAAACAACCUCCUCGCUCGCUCUUCUCCUCCUCGAAAUACCCCCCCUCGCCCUCUCCCUCCACUCUCUCUCCUCCUCCUCCGCCCUCAAUUCUCUCUCAUCACACCGCAAUGCCUCCUCCACCCUACGUCCAGCCCCCGUCCUCCUCCUCCAUGCGCUACAUGCGCCGCCGCCCCUACUUCAACCGCUCCAUCCCCGCCCGUGCCUCCGGUCUUCUGCGCUCGCCCUUUGGCCGCGUCUCCCGGCGGCAGAUGUGGGCCUACCCGUCUGCCGUCGGCAAGCGCGUCUUUGCCUCCUCCUUCUACUCCACCUCCACCAACUCAAACAGCAACAGCAACAACAGCAACAACUCCCAGCAGGGCCCGCGCCGUCGCUUCCGCUUCCGCUGGUGGCAUGUGCCAGUCGCCGGCGGCCUGACUGCCGUCGUCGUCCGCUGCGGCGAGCGCUACUACGGCCGCCGCCGAGGCCUCGCUGCACCUGACGACGACACCGCUGCCGCGACCGAGCCCCGGCGCGUGCGCCCGGUCUCGCCCUGGCAGGUCUACGUCUACUCUGCGAUUCCGCUCAAGACCAUCUCGCGGCUGUGGGGCCAGUUCAACGCGAUCGAGCUGCCGGUGUGGAUGCGCGUGCCGGGCUACAAGUUCUACGCUUACGUGUUUGGCGUCAAUCUCGACGAGGUGGCCGAGGACGACCUGACAAUCUAUCGCAACCUGGGCGAGUUCUUCUUCCGCGAGCUCAAGCCCGGCGCGCGGCCGAUCGACCAGUCCGCCACGCUCGUCAGCCCCGCGGACGGCAAGAUUCUGCAUUCGGGCGUCGUCUGCGGCCGCGAGGUCGAGCAGGUCAAAGGGAUGACGUACUCGCUCGACGCGCUCCUCGGCCAGAACCCGAACGCGUCCUCGGACUCGCUCCCGGUGCAGUUCCAGACCAGCGACGGCGAAGAGCGGGAUAAGCUGUUUGCCGCAAACAACGGCAUCCGCUACGCCCUAGACGAGCUCCUCGACUCCACCUCCGGCGACGACGACAACACCGUCGUGCUCGAAGGCGACAAGGCAAACUCCGGCGCCUCUGCGGCCGCGCAAGCCCGCGUCGACCGCGAGAUUGCGAAACCCUCGAUCGCGGACCACGACAUGUUUUUCUGCGUAAUCUACCUCGCGCCGGGAGACUACCACCGCUUCCACUCGCCCGCGAACUGGGUCGCCGAAACGCGCCGCCAUUUCGCAGGCGAGCUCUACUCCGUCGCGCCGUACUUCCAGCACCGGCUCUCGGGCCUGUUUGUGCUCAACGAGCGCGUGGCCUUGCUCGGUCGUUGGCGCCACGGGUUUUUCUCGAUGACCCCCGUCGGCGCGACAAACGUCGGCAGCAUCAAGAUCCACUUUGACAAAGACCUAAAGACAAACAACCCGCACCACAAGCACCGCCAGGCCGAAAAGCCAAUGUGCUACGAAGCCACGUACGCCAACGCGUCGCGCCUGCUGGGCGGGUACCCGCUCGAGAAGGGGCAGCAGAUGGGCGGCUUUGAGCUUGGCUCGACGGUCGUGCUGGUGUUUGAGGCGCCCAAGAAGUUUCAGUUCUCGGUCAAGGCGGGCCAGCACGUCAAGGUCGGCGAGGCGCUGGGGGAUAUUGUAGAGUAGAGAUGUCUUGAAGAAAGGUGUUUAUAAGAAAGAAAAAGGAAAGAAAGAGGUUUUGUUAUGCAUACGUUCUUGUUCUUGUUUAUUUGGGUAUCAAGUCUGGAUUUUAUAAAUGUUCUUUAGUCAUUUCUGUUUUUGUUUUCCAUAUUCUUAUGUCGCGUGCCGCGUCCAUCUGAAGCAAAUUAGUUGUCCAUAGUUUCGUUUUCUUGUGUUUAUAAAAUGGUAUUGCAUUUACGUUUUUGAUUCCACGCGGUGUUUAAGCAAGAGCUAUAGA